GGCUCUGGCUUCCGGGGCUCUCAGCUAGAGCGGCAAAAUGGCCCUGAGCUCCUGGACUCCGGGGCUGAGGGCUGGCGAGAAGCUGGUGCAGGCAGCCGCCGUCUCCACCGGCCGCUCCCUGGAGUUGUGCACCUUCCCCUCCACCCUGGGCUCCUCGGUCGCGGUCGAGGCACUGGAACAGCUGUUUGUUGUGGAGCAAUCACUGCAAAGUGACUAUUUUAAAUGCAAUGAAGAAGCAAAGAUCUUUCUUAAGGACGUUGCCGUAGCUGUUAAGAAAUUGGAAGAAAUGAGAAAAGCCACAAUCGAUCUUUUGGAGAUUGAAAGCAUGGAACUCAACAAACUAUACUAUCUAUUGGAAACUCUUCCCUAUAGCAUUAAGAGGGAAUUGGAAGAAUGUGUCAGAGAUGCUCGCAGAUUAAAUCUUUUUGAGAUAAAUACAAUAAAAAUGAGAAUUACAAGGACAGAGAAAGAAAUAGAGCUUCUGAAGAAGAAAAUAACUGACCUGACAAAAUAUAAUGAAACUCUGGGGGAGAAACAGGAAGAGCUAGCAAGGAAGCAUGCGAGAUUUAUUCUGUCACUCAACCAAACUAUGGAGAAAAAAGCCACCACCACUGUUUACAUAAAUGAGACUUAUACUGAAAUAAACUUGAAGAGAGAAGACAUAGCGUUGCAAAAAAAAAUUAUUAAAGAGGCAGAAGAGCUAAUGGAAAAAGAAAGGGCAGAAUAUCUAAUAAGAAAACAAGAGUUGGCUGCACAAAUUAAUGAAUUUAGUAAUAUCUGUGAAAUAAAGAAACUUGAGACUUACAAAAAGAAGAAAGAAUUGGAUAAAUUACAAACUAAAGUAUCAAAAAUAAAAGAAACAGUUACUACUUCUGCAGUGGUUCUUAGUGAUCACAAUUUAGAGAUAGCACAACUACAUGAAUCGAUAAGGUAUUGGGAACAACAGGUCAGUGAGCUAAGGAAAGCCCUUGCGAUUCUGGAGACUAAACUGGGUUUUUUCACAGAUAACAGGGAAAAACUGGAUGGUAUAUCUAAUUAUGAAAAAACUGAAUUCCUGAGCAAGAUAAAAGAGCUGGCUGAAAUACUACAUGCUGCUCGUAUGAAUUACAAAGACCUACGAGAGAAAAUGAAAACUCUUACCAGACAAUAUAAGAUUGUUUUAAAUGAAGAAGAAAAAGCCUUUUUGCAGAAACGAAAAGUCCAUGACGAAAAUCAGAAACAACUGGCAUUUAUUGCUCAGAAAGAAUACUUUCUAUCACAAAGGAGAGUAGACAUUAAAAAUAUGGAAGAAGGACUCAUCACACUCCAGGAACUUCAUCGAGCAACAAAAACAGUAUAUCAGCAACAAAUCAAAAUCCUGAGUGCUAACCUGGAAAGAGAAAGACAGAGAUGUGUUAUAACUCAGUGGCAAAUAGCUUGCUUGAGAAAACAGCAUGCACGUUGGACAGCCAAGGCAAACACUGAAAUAGAAGCUAUUAUGGAAAAAAUUCAGAAUGCAGAAGCUAGACGAAUUGAAUUACUUACCGAGACCAGUUUCAGAGAAAAGGAGAUCAAUGAAUUUGUGGCACAGAUUGAUAAACUUACAAUAGAAUUAAAAGAAGAUGAGAAAGAGUUUAUUAACCAAGAAAAAAUGUUAAUGAAAGCGAUAAGCAAGUAUGAGGAAAUAUUUGUUAAGGAAAUACAAAUGACCAAAGAAAAAGAAGAGGAAUUAGUAGUUGAAUGUCUUCCACAUCUUCAGGUGGCAGAAGAAGAGUAUAGAGAGAAAAAAAGAAAGUUAGAAGAGCUCAGUAAUAUUGUUACAGCACAAAGACAGGAAGAGGAUUUACUGAACAAUCACAUUUUUCUGUUUACAAGGGACUUUUCAAGAUACGUUACCAACACGGAGGACCUAAAAGAAGAAUUAAAACAAUUACGAGAUCAAGAAAGCAAAAAAAUCAAAAAUCAUUUUGAAACUCUAAAGAACUUAGAAAGUAGAAUCUAUAUAAAUGAUGAAAAAGCAGACCUCCUAUUCCUGGAAAAUAAAAAAUUAAAAGAAUACAUUUUAUACCUGAAGAAUAACAUAGAGAAAUACAGAGAAGGACAAGAAGCCCUCAUGCACACCUCAGGUGACUUGUCUCAGCAACUGAUAGCUCAGGAGGCACAAUAUGAGAAUUUGUGGGCUGAAUUUCAGGCCACAGUUAAGAUCUUAGUGGACAAUGGUGAAGAGACCUUGCAAGACAUAAAAAAUCUAACAGACAAACUGUGUGAAAGAGAUGAAAACAUGGAGCAUAUCAGUACAUGGCUACAAGAAAGUCUUGAAGAGCUGCGUUCUCUUGGGAAGGAGGAAUCACCAAUGAACCUUCUUAAAAAGAAGAAACACAGUGGUACCAAAAGAGUUCAUUUCCCAGUGAUUAAAUGUACUGAGAAAAAUAUAUUAACAAAAAAUAACUAACAAAAUAACAAAAGGAUACAACUGCUGUGAAUUCAAAAGACAAACACAACUACAGGAAAAGUGAGUGCACUUACUUUCACAUUUUGCACCUAUUAAUAGAAGACUUAAAUGUUUAAAAUUUAAUUUGUAUAAUCGCCACCAAGUAGCAGAACCAGUAAAUAAACUUCUAAACAAUAAA